AUGGGGCAUCCGCGAGGGAGGGUGGCCCCCUGCUUCCGCAGGCGAGGAGGCGAGGGGCUUUCGCUCUUCGUUCUUCUCCUCGUCCUCAUCCUCAUCCUCGGGGCCAGUGAGGCUGGGGCGCACGCCGGAUCUCAGACUUCGCUCCUCUAUCUGUGGAAGACCGGUCCCUGGGGCCGAUGCAUGGGAGACGAAUGUGGUCCAGGUGGCAUUCAGACCAGAGCAGUCUGGUGUGCUCAUGCAGAAGGCUGGACAACACUGCACACAAACUGCAAGCAGGCUGAGAAGCCAGACACCCAGCAAGACUGUUUCAAAGUCUGUGACUGGCACAAAGAGCUGUAUGACUGGCACCUGGGCAGCUGGAACCAGUGCCAGCCUGUCAUGUCCAAGAGUUUGGUGAAGCCAGCAGAAUGCACCAAGGGUGAGGAGGGCAUCCAGACCAGAGAGAUCGCCUGUGUUCAGAAAGCCAACAGCAUCAGUGCUGAUGACAGCAUCUGUGAGUACUUUGAGCCCAAGCCCCUCUUGGAGCAAGCCUGCCUCAUCCCUUGCCCACAGGACUGCAUUGUGUCUGACUUCUCCCCUUGGUCUGAGUGCUCCAAGACAUGUGGGAGUGGGUUGCAGCACCGGACACGGCAUGUUGUGGCCCCCCCACAGUAUGGCGGCUCUGCCUGCCCCAACCUGACUGAGUUCCAAAUCUGCCAGUCCAGUCCAUGUGAGGCAGAGGAGAGCCUUUACAGCCUGAAUGUGGGGCCCUGGAGCACCUGCUCCAUGCCUCACACAAGGCAGAUAAGGCAGGCGAGGAGGCGAGGGAAGAACAAAGACCGAGAGAAGGACAGAGAGAAAGUAAAGGAUCCCGAAGCCCGGGAGCUCAUCAAGAAGAAGAGGAACCGAAAUAGGCAGAACAGGCAGGAGAACAAGCACUGGGACAUCCAGAUUGGCUAUCAGACUCGGGACGUUGUGUGCACACACAAGAACAGCACAACUGUGGCUUUCAGCCUUUGCCAGCAAGACAAGUUACCCGUCACCUUCCAGUCCUGUGUGCUCACCAAGGAGUGCCAGGUGUCUGAGUGGUCUGAAUGGAGUCCGUGCUCCAAGACCUGCUUUGAUACAUCAUCCCAUAAAGGGAAUCAUGUCCGCACACGGACCAUCAAACAGUUUCCCAUUGGCAACCACCAAGACUGCCCUGCCCUGGAGGAGAUUGCGCCUUGCUUGACCCAAGGAGAUGGGGUAGCUCCCUGUGCUACGUAUGGCUGGAGAACUACAGAGUGGACUGAGUGUCGAGUUGACCCACUACUCAGCCAACAAGACAAAAGAAGAGGGAAUCAGACUGCCCUAUGUGGAGGAGGAAUCCAAACACGAGAGGUCUACUGUGUGCAAGCCAAUGAGAACCUCCUCUCCUAUUUGAACACACUCAAGGAAAAAGAAGAAAGUCAGUCUCAGAGCCCGUCGAAGGCUAGUGCUGCACCCCUCCUAUCCAUCACUUUUGAAAUCACAGCUUCCAAGCCAGUAGACUGGAAACUCUGCACAGGGACUAUCCCAAGCACCACUCAGCUGUGCCACAUUCCCUGCCCUAUUGAGUGUGUGGUGUCAGCAUGGUCGGCCUGGGGACCUUGUACCUUUGAAAACUGUGAUGACCAGCAGGGCAAGAAAGGCUUUAAACUGAGGAAGAGGAGGAUUACUAAUGAGCCUACUGGAGGAUCUGGGGGGACGAGUAACUGCCCUCACUUGCUGGAAGCCAUCCCCUGUGAAGAGCCUUCCUGCUAUGACUGGAAGGCAGUGAGGCUUGGAGACUGUGAGCCAGACAACGGAAAGCAGUGUGGUCCUGGAACACAAGUCCAGGAGGUGGUCUGCAUCAACAGCGAUGGAGAAGAGGUUGACAGACAGCUGUGCAGAGAUGCCAUCUUUCCAAUCCCUGUGGCCUGUGAAGUGCCAUGCCCCAAGGACUGUGUGCUCAGCACGUGGUCAGGGUGGUCCUCCUGCUCACAUACUUGUUCUGGCAAAACAACUGAUGGGAAACAGAUGCGUGCCCGCUCUAUUCUGGCCUAUGCAGGGGAGGAAGGCGGCACUCCAUGUCCGAACCACAGUGCCCUCCAGGAGACACGCAGCUGCAACGAGCAUCCAUGCACCGUUUACCACUGGCAAACAGGCCCUUGGGGCCCAUGCAUUGAGGACAGCUCUGUCUCCUCCUUCAACACUUCUGCAGCUUGGAAUGGGGAGGCCACAUGCUCUGUGGGCAUGCAGACAAGGAAAGUCAUCUGCGUACGAGUCAACGUGGGCCAAGUAGGACCUAAAAAAUGUCCUGAGAACCUUCGACCUGAAACGGUGAGGCCGUGUCUGCUUCCUUGUAGAAGGGACUGCAUCGUAACCCCGUAUAGUGACUGGACGCCGUGCCCCUCCACCUGCAAAGAAGGGGACGCCACAGUGAAGAAGCAAUCCCGGAACCGGGUUAUCAUUCAGCUGCCUGCCAAUGGAGGCCGAGACUGCCUGGAGGCGAUGUAUGAGGAAAGGGAGUGCGCGGCCUCCCAGGUCUGCCACAGCUUCAGGUGGAAGACUCACAAAUGGCGCCGGUGCCAGCUGGCGCCGUGGUCGGUGAGGCAGGACAGCCCCGGCACCCAGGAGACCUGCGGAGCGGGUCUGCAGGCCAGAGCCAUCACUUGUCGCAAGCAAGAUGGAGGACAAGCUGACGUCAGUGAGUGCCUUCAGUACGCAGGCCCCUUACCAGCACUAACUCAAGCCUGCCAGAUCCCAUGCUUAGAUGACUGUCAGUUCACCAGCUGGUCCAAGUUUUCUUCGUGCAAUGGAGAUUGUGGUGCAGUCAGGACCAGGAAGCGUUCAAUUGUUGGAAAAAGUAAGAAGAAAGACAAGUGCAGAAAUUCUCAGCUCUACCCUCUGAUUGACACCCAUUUCUGCCCUUGUGACAAGUACAAUGCCCAGGCUGUGGGCAACUGGUCAGACUGCAUCUUACCUGAAGGCAAAGUGGAGGUGCUCCUGGGUAUGAAGGUGCAAGGGGACAUCAAGGAGUGCGGACAGGGCUACCGGUACCAGGCCAUGGCGUGCUAUGAUCAAAACGGCCGGCUCGUGGAGACGUCCCGCUGCAACAGCCACGGUUACAUUGAGGAAGCCUGCAUCAUUCCCUGCCCCUCAGACUGCAAACUCAGCGAAUGGUCCAACUGGUCUCGCUGCAGCAAGUCCUGCGGCAGCGGAGUCAAGGUUCGCUCCAAAUGGCUUCGAGAGAAGCCAUACAACGGCGGACGCCCCUGUCCUAAGCUGGACCACGUUAACCAGGCUCAGGUGUAUGAGGUCGUCCCCUGUCACAGUGACUGCAGCCAGUACAUAUGGGUCAGUGAGCCCUGGAGCGUCUGCAAGGUGACUGUGGUGAACAUGAAGGAGAACUGUGGAGAAGGAGUGCAGACCCGGAAAGUGAGAUGCCUGCAGAACACCGCCGAUGGCCCCUUCGAGCCGGUGGAGGACUAUCUUUGUGACCCUGAGGAAAUGCCCCUGGGUUCUCGCGAGUGCAAAUUGCCCUGCCCCGAGGACUGUGUUACAUCAGAGUGGGGCCCCUGGAGCAGGUGCUCACUGCCUUGCAAUCAAAGCACAUUCCGGGAAAGGUUGGCAGAUCCACUCAGGCAGGCAGAUGAGGGGAAGCCCUGCCCUGACACCACCGAGAAGGAGCCAUGCAUUCUAAAUAAGAACUGCUUCUACUAUGACUACAAUGUGACAGACUGGAGCACUUGCCAGCUGAGUGAGAAGGCAGUUUGUGGAAAUGGCAUCAAAACGAGGAUGCUGGAUUGUGUUCGCAGUGAUGGUAAAUCCGUUGACCUGAAGUACUGUGAAGAGCUCAGACUGGAGAAGACCUGGCAAAUGAACAUGUCCUGUGUGGUGGAAUGCCCUGUCAACUGUCAGCUUUCUGACUGGUCACCCUGGUCAGAGUGCACUCACACAUGUGGCCUGACAGGAAAAAUGAUCCGAAGGCGAACAGUAAUUCAGCCCUUCCAGGGAGAUGGCAGACCUUGUCCUGCACUGAUGGAACAAUUCAAACCUUGCUUAGUGAAGCCCUGUUAUCAAUGGCAAUAUGGCCAGUGGUCAAACUGCAGAGUAGAGGAUGCUCACUGUGGAGAGGGGACUAAAACCAGAAAUGUGUCUUGCAUAGUGAGCGAUGGAUCAGCAGAGGAUCUUGGCAAGAUUGUGGAUGAGGAAUUUUGUGCAGAAAUAGACCCCGUGGUGGAUGGAAAUAAGAAGAUGGUGCUUGAGGAAACCUGCACGCAGCCUUGCCCUGGUGACUGUUAUUUGAAAGAAUGGUCAACUUGGAGCCUGUGCCAGUUGACCUGUGUCAAUGGAGAAGAUCUUGGCUUUGGAGGGAUCCAGGUCCGAUCUCGAGCCGUAAUCAUCCAAGAACUAGAUAAUCAGCAUCUUUGUCCAGAACAAACGUUAGAAACCAAAGCCUGUGAUGAUGGCCAGUGCUAUGAAUAUAAGUGGAUGGCCAGUGCAUGGAAAGGGUCUUCUCGGACAGUCUGGUGUCAAAGAUCGGACGGUCUAAAUGUUACAGGGGGCUGCCUGGUGACGCGCCAGCCUGAGUCUGACAGGUCAUGUAACCCCCCCUGCAGCCAGCCUCAUUCCUACUGCAGUGAGACUCGAGCUUGUGGCUGUGAAGAGGGAUACACAGAAGUGAUGUCCUCCGAUGGGACGCUGGAGCAAUGCACCGUCAUUCCCGUGGUGGUCAUCCCCACUGUCGAGGACCAAAACGGAGACGUGAAAACGAGUCGAGCCGUGCACCCCACCCAGCCCUCCACGAACCCAUCAGGACGGGGACGGACCUGGUUUCUGCAACCAUUUGGGCCAGACGGGCGACUGAAGACCUGGGUGUACGGCGUGGCAGCGGGGGCUUUUGUCCUACUCAUCUUUGUUGUGUCUAUGAUCUAUCUAGCCUGUAAAAAGCCAAAGAAACCCCAGAGAAGGCAGAACAACCGUCUGAAACCUUUGACCUUGGCUUAUGAUGGCGAUGCGGAUAUGUGAGCUUUCAUUGCUGUUGGCAAUGACCAGCUUCUGCCUCCUGCCUUUAAAAUAGGUGUCCAGAGGUCCUGAGAGCGUUCAACUUGUGUGGAUAAACAUGCAUUUUGACCAUUUCUUUUAAAUGCAUCCUAGAACAGAAGAGUGGAUUUCCCAAUGCCAGUGGGGAUGCUUGUGAUGGUAGUGUGUCAAACUAAACCAUCAGUGUGGGUAAUUCUGGCAGACAGCCUAAUUGAAGAAACCUGACUCUGAGUGAUUUCUAUCAUCUUUUCUGCAAAAGCCACCAUCUGGGUCCUGUUGUAAGGAUGGCACCUGACGCCAAGCUUGAUCUUCAGUGUUAACCAACCCAUUGUAACCUGUUAGCAUGAAGAGUUUCUACUGAGCACUCUACCACAUGCUAGAUUUGAGCAUAAUAACCUGUAUAGCAACUCUGUUGAAUCGUACUAUUACUCUGUCAGAUUAUAUCCUUUGUAACAAGCCACUUCAUGCUGGCAAAGCAUAAACUCUAAACAGAGUGGAUUAACCUAUUGAGAAAACCAAACAACUUGGCAGUUGAUAGCAGCACUUGUUGGCCCUCAUUUCAGGAGGCAGAGACUCAGUUUGAAGACAUCGGUCUCGUCCUGCUCCCAAGUGUCAGCGCCAGCCAGCCAUGCACGUGCAGGUAUCUGGAAAGACAGUGUCUUCAAAGUUAGUGUUUCUGAGUGGCUCACUUCUGGAAAAUGGAUUCUCUUCAGCUGACACAAUAGGUUUCUACUUUUGCCAACUCCUCAACUUCCUGCCUGCAUCUUUUUUUCUCUCUCUUUCCGGAAGGCACAUUUUUGCACUAUAUUAGUGCAGCAUGAUAUGCACUGGAUGAGGCUCUAUCAAAAUGGCCUUUUUUCAUAAGGGAUGAUGGCGCCUGGAGCUAGGAGCAUCUUAGAGACGUUAGCCAGGGAGCUAAUUCACCCUGAAGAGAGUGGAGCUCCUUUGGGGCAGCAACAAAGUAGAGCUAGCACACAACUCGAGUCCGUAGAGAACAGCCUCGUCCUGGAGACCAUUGAAUAAUUAAGAACAUGGUGGGGAUUUCAUGUCAAAUUUCCCCAGCUUACCUCUGAAGAUUGAGUUCCCUUUGGCAAGUUUCUAAUUGUAUGUUGAAGGCUCUUUAAGAUUAGAUUUUUUAUAUUGUUAUCUUUGUUUAAAAAAAAGAAAAAGAAAAGAAAAAGUGGCAGCCCUUUUCAUUCUGAGUGAGCUGGGAAUAUGAAGGAACACUUGCAUCAUUUUCUGAACUAAAAGAAUUUUGAAUUUCUUGGUGAUUUUCAUUCUUCAGUUUCUCUUCCCUGACAUUUGGCUGCCUUUGUCUUUUCCAUCGGUCCCAUUUGAGGGGGGCUUUCAUCAUAGUGAUUCAGACAACACUGACAUAAAAGCCAACAUUGCAUCUUCACUGUCCAGGGCCUCAGUAAAUAGUCCGAUGGUUGGGAUUUUCCGGGCUGGCCUCCCUGAGUGCCCCCUCUGUAUUCCUUUUAUUCUUGCCCCUGUCCUACCACCCACCUUCUACAAUGUGCUCAGUCAGUGUUUGCCUCAUUCCCUCCUCCAGGAUUCCAUUCUCCCCACCAGAUUUAGAAGAGGCUGGGCUGUGCACAAAGGCAGGGCUUGGUAGGACUGACCAUCCCUAGGCUGGGGGAAGAUGGGCAGUGUUUGAGAGGAGCACUAAUGAAGCAGUACACUAGAAACAUGGAUCAGGCCACUUUGGCCAAAAAGUCAGGUCUUUAGUGAACAAGCCAAUCCAUUCCAUUCUCAAGAAAGCCAACCAACCAUGUUUCAGAAUGAGCGAGAGCUCUGGGAAGCAAGGCAUCUUUCCUUCUUCCUAGAGUUGAUCUCCCCCUAGUGGACAUCUAGAGUACUUGACAAAGCCUGAGGAUGACCUGGGUGGCCAGGCAGGGACAUCUUCCUCUGUCCCCUCAGUGGAAUGUUCUCUAUUUACAUCAUCAAACAUUAUCAAUAGAAUAGGUUAAGUACCUAUUUUAUCCUUGCUCUGUCAGCCACUGUAAGUCUCAUGAGAGAUCUGAUUUUUCUGGGUAGGUGGAUUUCAUUUCUUUGAAGAGAGAGAAAAAAAAUAAAAAACAGAAAUCCACUUACCAGCUUUAUUUAUCAGAAAGGCAGGUAAAAAUAAAUAAAUACAGUGUUGUUAUUACUCCAGGGCAGUGAUCCUAAAAGUGUAUUCUCAGGGAGGCUUCCAGAAUGAUCUUCAGUUUGGACCCCGGCAGUACAAAAAAAAAAAAAAACACAAAAAACCCUUUCAUUUAUCCAAAAUACACUCAGGGCAAUAAGUUAUUCUGGUUAACUGAAUGCUCUAGUAAUAAUAAUAACAAUAGCUGUCAUUUCUAUAGCACUUUAAAGGUUUGCAGGCACUCAGCUCACUUGAGCCUCACGACAGCCCUGUGAAGUAGGCACUAUCAUCGUCUCCAUUUUGCAUAUAAGGAACCUGAGUCUCCAGGAGUGAAAAGCACUUGCCCAGGGUCACACAGCUAGUACGACUCUGAGGCAGAAUUGGAGCCUGGGUCUUCUAGUUUCCAAUUGCAAUGCUAUCCAUUAGACCAUAAUUCCUCUGAUUCUCUGCCUGGCAGAUUACUGUAGGUGAUUGAUGUGUAUCUGUGAAGGGAGCUUGGUAAGUAAGCCACUGGGUCUGAACAUACCUCUCUGGCCACUUCCAUGUAAAAUUGCAGCAUUUCUGUUCAC